GUCGAAUUUUUUCCUACCCAUUUGAUUAGACUAGUAUAGGUUUUUUGGCAUGUAAAAAAUUUAAAAUAAAUAUAAGAGGAAAAUUUAUAGAUAAAUUGUAGGAGCAGUGUUAAACGGGAGCGAUUAAACAAGGAAGAGAGAUCUUUCCUCAUUCCAACUCUGGAAUAGAAAGAGUUUUUCUUUCUUCAUUUUUGUUCCUAAUUUCUCUCACUCUCUCUCUCUCUCUUUCUUUUUUUUUUAAUUUCUUAAGGAAAAAAUGGAAGCUACACAAGAUUUUUUAAAGGUCAUUAAAUUGAAAUCCACAAAUCCAACGAAAGACUAACGGGGUGGAUCUACCUGAUCUACGUUAUUCGAAUUCCAGGGAAUCCGGUGUAAUUAGUUGAGAGGUUUGGGGCCCGAUGUAUUCGUAAGAAACCUCAAGGGAGGUUGGCGUAAAUCACCCUUCUCUGUUUUUUUUGAUCCGCACCCUUCUCUGUUAGUAACUCGUAGUUCUGCCCAAAAACGUCACUUUUAAAAAUCGCCAAAAAAAAAAAAAAAAAAAUUCCUUCUUCCCUUCAAUUUCAAGUGCAAACUGUUCGGGGGGAGAGAGAGAGAGAGAGGAUGCAUCUAUGGCCAUCGAUGAGGAUCAGGGACUCGUUUAAGCACGCGUACCUCGAGAAGCUGGAGUGGAACAUCCACAGGAUGAACGUCAAGAAGAAACAACAGCAGAAUCGAUCUCAAUCUCCCACCACUAGUCAGGACAAACUCUUGGACGAUACCGACAAUAAACCGCAAGGAGACGAUGACGGUGUCGUUUCGGAUUCGAAGAAUCGUGCCGGUGGGGCCCUGGUCUUGUGCCGAGAGCUGCUCAUGAUCCUCUCUUGCUGUUACUGUUGUUUCUGCUGUGGAGCUUGUGAAGAAGAAAACUGAUACAGGAUAUGCGUUUGGGACGACUUCAACACCUGGAAUUUCCUUGUACAAAGAAGACGAUCAAGGCCUAAGUCUGUACAGCUUUUGAAAUACUUUUAUUAAUCUGAUUAGGCUGUGUGUUUGAAUCAUGGAUUUCUGACUGAUUACCAAGGGAAAGGAUGAUUUCAGGGGAAAUCAAAGUUCGUUUAGUUUAAUCCCUACAUUUUUCUUUCCCAAUAAAACCCUUCAGAAUUCCAUGAUCCGUACAGAAACCUUAGUAUUCAAGUGAUUUUUUACCCUUCUUGUCUUCGUGCUUUAGCAGUAUUUUGGAGUUUGUUAGGCCAGGCAAGGUUUGGCCUAAAAUUAUUAUUUUUUGUACUUAUUAUGUCUUUAUUAA